GAGUCCCUACGAGUUCCCUUCCGCAAAAUACGAUCCUGUCAAAGAGGUCGUCGAAUUUGACAGCUAGCUGAAAAAAUACAGGAUGGUAUGCUAAAGCAAUUCUCCCGGCUGUUUAAGCAGUAAAUGGCCAAAUGGACUUCACGCAAACUCUCUGAACCCUUCGACAUUGACCAUACAGACUAAGGCUUUUACAAUCAUUCAAAGUGGCGCCAACUAAUGGAUCCACAGUUCCAGCAAGCCGAACUUUAUGUUAUAGAACUGAAGGAGGUUAGUAGUAUGUGGAACAACAGCCUUGAGGACCAGGUGACCUCGGGGGCUGAUGUUGUACCACCGUACCCCCAUCCUGCCCACCUUCCUGAAGGAGCGACCUUAGUGGUGAGGGCGGAGGAAGCGCUCAUUGUAGUCCUCGUACUCAUACUUUGGGUGGCUGCUAUCGUGCUGUUCUUCAACCGUUGGGGCAAAAUAAGAAUGUUGGAACCUUAUCAGCCCAAGUUUCACCAAGAGCACAGAUCCUCGUGCCCCAUGGCUGAAAUGGCCACAGUAACACAGCAUAGAACAUCCUUUUCUAAGUACAACGUAAGCCUCGACGCGCCGCUUCUUGGUCCGUCUGGCUCAGGCUACAAAUCGCUUAGGCCUCGGCAGAAUUCAGUAUUCGUCGGUUCUGCCAUCAAACUAAACCCACCGAGAAAGACGAAAUCCGCGAUGGACCUCCAGUCGUUGGUGAUGAACGAGACCAGCCCGGGAGUUUCAAAAUCGAUGCUUCCCAUAUUGUCCGUGGAAAGGCGUCCGAACAGCUGCGUCUUUCCGGGCCGCCGCCCUUCGAGUACUGGCUACCUCUCUCCUAGAAGACCUUCUGCAGUGCAUCUGUCGGAUCUUCUGCCGCCCGGUGCCUUCACAGCUUCCAGGGAGAGGAGGCCUUCUUUCAACAAUGUCAUCGCGCAAGUGACAGCGGAACGGAGACCAUCGUCUUCCAUGCUGAGGAUAUCGAACGUAUGAGAAAAGCCCAGGGCUUCCAUGGACGCCCUGUCGGAAAUGUGAAGCCCUAUGAUAUUCCGUUGAAGCGCUGAAACGAUCCGAGACGGAUUUUUUAAAUAUUCGAUGCAGCUUGUACGAUCGCUAAUAUGAGAUGCUCCUGCGAAGCAAAAAUUUGAAGCUUUUUCAAAUGCUUUCGAAACAGGGAAAUUAAUCGUCUUUGAAAAGAUUAGCGAUUAUGACGAUUCGUACAAAGCUAUCUGCCUGAAUUUACACAGGUUUGAACACAGAUAAAAUCUUUGAAAAGAUUAUAAAGAAUCGAAAGGAACCUUGCCUUUCUAUUAAACAUCGUCUGAAUGUUCUUAUCCGAUAAAUGAUUAGACUGCUUUUGAAACAAAACUCAUUGAAAAACUGGAUACAAGGUUUUUCAUCCUACGGGUAACACCUAAGGACAAAAUAUUUAAAAAUAUAAAGAUAAUAGUUUCAUAAAUUAAAUAUGAUUUUUGUCUAGAAUAGAUUUAUAUCUAUAAUUUGUCUCUUAUGUUUGUUAGUUGAUUGUAACAGUAGGAAAUUUUAAAAAAUUGUAUUUAAACUAACUUUUUUUCAAGAAGUUAUUUAUAUGCCACAAUUAUAUGUUCUUAUUAAUGUCGCUUUUUGUUUUUGUUAACUUACAGUAACCAAGUUAUACAUGGUAUUUUCCAGGUUUUUUCCCCUUUGAAAAGUACUAACUUCGAGUAGUCACAAAUAAAAAUUAUCUCUUGCCCUAUUUUUACUUAUAAAAGAAACUUGUGCAAUGGAAAAAAGCAAUAUUCUUAUUAGAAACUGUGUCGUAAUUGGAACAUCCCUGGCCAGAAAUGUGUUACUCCUGAGUCAAUAAUUAAUUAUAAUUGAUUUAGCUUAUGUUGUAAAACAAUACACCAGUUUUAUUUUAUUUUAAAUUAUUUUCGAGACUGAAAUAUCGUUUAUAACUUUGACACACACACACACACAAUAAAACUCAAUUGCUCAAAACAUGGCUUCCUUCAGCAAUAAAA